CGCGGUCUUGACUUAUGCUGGGUCGUUAUCUGAAUAAUCCUCAAACCCAGACUUUGUGUUUGCGUGUCUCAUUUCCUCACAUUCGUUCACUUGUCUCUAUAAUGGGGGAUGUAGGUAUCCGAUCCAAUCAGGAAGUUUUUGAUGUGGUGGUCGUGGGAGCGGGCAUGGCUGGUCUAAGUGCAGCCAAUAUACUUCAUCGUGCGGGAUUGUCAGUUGUUGUGCUGGAAGCUCGGGACCGCAUUGGGGGACGGAUACAUACUUGCAUGGAUCUUGGGCGGCCGGUUGAUUUGGGGGCAAGCUGGAUUCAUGGGACCGAUGGGAACCCCCUUGCGUCCAUUCUCCCCUCAAAACGCAUAUCAACGUCUUCAAGAUCCUUAUUAUUCCGUCCAGACAAUUUUCAACCCAUUCCAAUGGACGAUGGAGAGGCGCUUUGGGAAAAGUUUUGGGCGCUGCGCGAACGUAUGGGAGAGGCUGCCAAGCGCGGACAUGGGGAUGUAUCCAUAAAGGAGUUUGUUGAUUCCGAUCCUGAGUGGAAGAGUGCCGUUCAAGAGACGCCAUUGUCACAACUGAUGCUUCCCCGUAUGACUCAGCUACUAGAGUCAAUUGAGGCAGCGGCUUUGGAAAAAUGCUCUAUUAAAGAGUUUGAGGUUGACGAGUAUCCGGGAGAACAGGCUUGGCUAAUUGAUGGAUAUAUGCCUGUAUUGGAACAAGUCGCAAAAGACAUUUUGAAAACUGAUGGAGCCGUACGGCUGAAUGACGAGGUUGUAAAGAUUGAUUACAGUGGAGAUUGUGACGGCGGAACUAGUUCCCAACAACCGCUGGUGAACAUAACCACCGCGUCGGACAUUGUUUAUGUUGCCCGGAAAUGUUUGGUAACGAUUCCACUUGGAGUAAUGCAAAACAAGCACACGAGUCUUUUCGUCCCUCCACUUCCUACUGCAAAGCAGCAAUCCUUGAACAAGAUCGGUUUUGGACUUCUCGACAAGAUCUGUCUCCGCUUCCCCUAUCGAUUUUGGCCCAACGACGUCGAUUUUAUCGAAGCUUUUUCAGAAAGGUUGCCAUACCCAGGUCUCACUUCCUUUAUCAUUGCAAAAGGAGAUGAACAUGACGACCAUAUCUUGGUGGCAUUCGCUAGCGUAAAGGCAGCUGAUAUGAUUGAAUCCAUGGCAGAUGCGGAGGUCACCGAACUGGUGAUGCAGGUCCUGCAAAAGUGUUUCAGUCAUAUGGGACAGAUUGUGCCUUACCCCGAGCAGGUAGUCAUUACGAGAUGGGGGAAAGAUCCCUUUGCCAGAGGAAGUUAUUCGCACAUGCAGACUGGACGGACGACCCACGAAGAUAGGGAAGAGUUGGCCAAACCUUUACCUGACCUGAUGAGCGGUGAAAAGUUCCCGCGAACACCUACGCUGUUCUUUGCCGGCGAACACACCGUACGGGACCAUUUUGCUACGGUUCAUGGUGCUCUCUUGAGCGGAUGGCGCGAGGCUGAACGUAUUCUAAAGGGGUUGCGUAAAUAGAGCAGACUUCUUUCAAGAUUUGGUGGACGACAUCAUGUCAGUGCACAUUGCGGGACGUUCGGUCAUGAUAGAUAAUAGAUG